AAAGGUACAUCAACCAGGAAGAAUAUACACCAAACCGAAAGUACUUCCCAGCCAGGUGAAUAUCGGGGUGGGGGCCAUGGAUUCCGUGUCCAUCGACAGCGACCUGGGCGGUGAUCGGAUGUAAAAGACACACAAUGGCCACGCCCACAACCCAGGCACAGGAGGUCAUCACAUGUGAUCUCUGUACCAAGCCAACCCAAAAAUUUUGUAACAACUGCCAGGUGAGUUUGUGUGUGGAAUGUGUUAGUAAACAUGUGGAGAAUCUCGACUCCCUACCACAUGACAUCGUACCUUUCAAAGACAGAAAGGUAGGUUUUCCAGAGUGCGAAUUUCAUACCAACCAGAGAUGUGAGGCCCACUGCCAACAAUGUGAUGUUCCAGUUUGCCUGAAAUGUAUGCUUGGUCCCCAUAAUGGACACAAAGUCAAAGAUAUGCCGGAAAGUUUUAGUGACAAGAAAAGGGAACUUGAAAAGGAAACCAAAGAAAUUGAAUCCACCAUUAUUCCACUGUACCAGAACAAAAAUGAAGAAACAGAAAGCAAAAUCUCCAUUGCAAGGGCCGAAUUUGAUGAAAUGGAAACAGAAAAAGAAAACCAUAGAAAAUUCUGGCAUCAAGAAGUAGACACCAUUUUCAAUACACUUGGGUUUUUGAUCCAAUCUAUGAAAGAGAAUCACCUGGCUGCUCUAAAAUCCCACCAAUCCAAAAUAAAUAAUUGUAUUCCAGACAUGAUCCAAACAGUCCAACAAAAUAAAAUCAUUAUGAAAUCAAGAAAAGUGUCCGAAGUGACUAACUACAAAUCAAAUCUCGAGGAAUACAGGAACAUGCCUACUGAUAUUGAUGUCAAACUGCCAUCACUGAAAACCAACACAGUCCAAGGGAGAGAACUCAGCCUGGAAUUAGGAGAAUACAAGGUUAGCCUGACACAGGCACCACCGUCCAGUCUGACAGAGAAAGUCACCUAUUUAUCUUUACAAAAGCUGUUAGAGCAAGCUAAAUCAAUCACAACCAUUCCUACUGGAGUUAAUCCUCUAUACCAUGUUGCCUGUGUGGGAGUGGAUGAAGCCUGGGUUAGUGGUAAAGAUAAAACCAUAAGACGUGUUGACAUACACGGGUCUGUACGGGACACUGUCACCACGACAUGUAAAGACUGGCCUAAUCACAUCACAGUGACCAGACAGGGAGAACUGGUAUACAGUGAUGGUCACAAUAGAACUGUGAACAUUGUCAGACACGGGAGAACAGAGACACUGAUAACCACACCACGGGGCUGGCAUCCAGAAAAACUAUGCUGUACUAAGUCAGGGGACAUCCUGGUCAGUAUGUGUACUACUGAUAAAAGCCAACGUAAAAUUGUCCGUUAUCAGGGACACACAGUGAAACAGGAAAUAGAUAGAGAUGAAGAUGGAGAACCAAUCUAUAAAGGAGGAGAAUACCUACUGUGUGUGGUGGAGAACAACAAUGGAGAUAUCUGUGCCACUGAUAAUAAUGCCGACACCGUGGUCGUGGUGGACAAGUCAGGAAGAGUCCGAUUCCGAUACGACGGUACACCAGCCAGGAGGAAGGAGUCAUUUAAUCCUGUAGAUAUAGUGACAGACUCCAUGAGUCAGAUCAUUGUGGCAGAUUUCAACAAUGCCUGUCUACACAUCCUGGAUCAGAACGGACAGUUCUUGAGAUGUGUGGACAAUUGUGGACUAGAUAAACCUCAUGGACUGAGUGUGGACAGUGAGGGGAGGUUGUGGGUAGGGCUAGCUCUAUCAGGAGAAGUGAAAGUGAUUCAGUACAUGAAAUAAACACACACUGUUUACAACGUGUAAUAUACAGACAUCAGAUGAUGACAAAGUUCACACAGUGCAUUAGUUCAUUGAGAUAUAAAAAUCCUAAUCACGUUAUAACUGACAGAACUGGCAUGAUAACUUUAAGUUACAUCUCCAUGGUUAUAUAUGUAUGGUCUAGCUGUUUGAGAACUGGCAAAAUCAAAUUCAGACAGAAACCCCGAAACCAUCCCAAAUACUCGUACCAAAUAAAACCUGUGAUUAGGUUUAAAAGUAUCAGACCCCCCCCCCCCCCUCGUAUAUUCUAACAUAUCUUAAUGUUUUAUUUACUUUCUGUUUUGAAAAUAUAAGUAGUUGAUGUUACUCUAGCUGUUAUUUAAAUUGCCUCAGGAGCCUUAAUUGCUUUUCUGGACCAUUAUAAUCAUUUGCAAUACAAAUUUGAAAUUUUAUAGAAUACAUGUACUUUUAUGUAAUUUUGCACAGCGUCAUAGUAUAUAAAGGAUCGUAUAUUAUC